GAAAGAUGUCCAGUGAUCGUGCUUUGAGGAAGCAGCAGCAGCUCAACAACCUGGUGGCUUUAGUGAGAAAGCUAGCUAGGCCUGGAGAUGUGAUUGUGGACUUUUGCAGCGGUGGGGGCCAUGUUGGAAUUGUUCUUGCUCAUAUACUGCCAUCAUGCCAGAUAGUAUUGGUAGAAAAUAAAGAAUUGUCGCUGAUACGUGCUAAAGAAAGAAGUGAUGAAUUGGGAUUAAACAACAUUUGGUUCAUCCAAGCAAAUAUGGACUAUUUUAAAGGAAUUUUUAAUAUUGGGGUGGCUUUGCAUGCUUGUGGAGUUGCGACAGACAUGGUGAUAGAACGCUGUACCAAAGUUCGUGCAGCAUUUGUCAUCUGCCCUUGCUGCUAUGGCUUCAUUCAGAAUACAGCCAAGUUUACAUUUCCACGAAGUCAUCAGUUCAAGGAAGUUUUAUCUUACAAGGAGCACAUGGUUCUCUGCCGAUUUGCUGAUCAGACAGCUGUCCAGCUUCCCCCUGAACGCAGGCGAAUAGGUAAGCAUUGUAUGGGGCUAGUGGAUCUGGACCGGGCUUGGAGCGUGGAAAGAUCAUGCAGCUACUCUGUUCAAGUGACAUCCAUGGAACCAGAAACGUGCUCUCCAAAAAACAACUUGAUAGUGGGUGUUCCUGUUUAG